AUGGUGCGCCUGCUGCACGUGACGAUAUUCGAGGGGGUCGGGGUGGCGCCUCACAAGGAGCCCUACGCCUGCGCCGAGCUGCUCGACAUCACGGGGCGGCCCAUCAAGAAGGAGCGAGUCAAGACGAAGACGGUCACACCUGGUUCCAAGCUUGUCUGGGGCGAGGAGAGCCCAAGCCCAAGCAGCAACAGCCGCGGCCACGGCGGCGGCGGCCAAAGUCCCGUGAGAGGGGCGUUGGGCAGCGGAGAGACCAAGCGCGACGAAGAUGGCGCACCGUCGAGCCGGGGCGUCUCGCUGACCCUCGGGCGCAAGCACGACCUGCGCAACGUGGGCGCGCUCCCGGUGCUCCGGCUGUCACUGUGGGGGCGAGAGGUGCUGUCGAAGGACAAGCCCCUCGGGGUGGCGCUGUUGGACCUGGCGUCGCUCCCGAGGGAUGGGAGCUCCGUGGAGAGCUGGCAGGCGCUGGAGCCGGCGACUGACAUGGACGUGGACAUGGCUUGCGGCAGCCUACGGGUCAGCGUGCGCCUGGACGAGGAAGAGGCCAAUCGGAUCUUCUACGCCGGCGCAGCCGGUCCGGAGGGAGAGGGGGAAGGGUACGUAGUCGGCAUCGAGGAUGGGCCCGGGGACGAGAACGAGGAGUUUGCCGAGUCCGACCCCAACCUUCUGGUUGUGAAGGUGCGGCGCGGCAAGGGGCUGAGAGGAUUGGACGUGGACCUCAUGGGCGAGGCCAGCAGCGACCCUUUCGUGAAGCUCACGUGUGACGGCGUGGAGCACCGGACCACGACGGUGGAAAAGAACCUGGCCCCCGAGUGGGACGAGGUGUUCGAGUUCGCGGUCAAGGACUUCACGCGCAGGCUGGAGGUGGAGGUGCUGGAUGCCGACGUCGUGGUCGACGAGGCGAUGGGAGCGUUCGUCAUCAAGCUCGAGGACUUGCUGCACAAGCGACGGGUUACGAGGUGGUACCGUCUGCUGGGGGAGGACGAGCUGUACGACGAGGAGAACCCCCUGGGAGAGAUCGAACUGUCGGUGCAGUGGUUCCACGACCCACGUGCGAAGGACAUCGCCACCCGGAAGCUGUCGCUGCUGGAGAUCGUGCAGCGCACCCUAGGUUUUCAUGACCACUCCUCGGACACGGCGGAGGACGAAGAGAACGAGCCGCUGACCCGCAAAAAGUCCAAGUCGAAGGUGAAGGCCAAGAUGCGGGAGAAGGCGGAGCAGGCGCGCGAGGCCGAGAAGAAGGCCAUUCAGGAGGAGCUCAUGGACAUCGAGGUCAAGUCCGGCGACUACACGAUCUACGUUCACAUCAUAGAGGCGAGAGACCUGAAGGCCGAGGACUUGCAGGGCACGUCGGACCCCGUGGUGUACGUGGAGGCGUUCGGUCAGAAGUACGCGACCGAGGUGAAGGCGGCGUGUCUCAGCUGUGUAUUCGACGAGACAUUCGUUAUCGGCCUCAGGAACCUGGACAAGGAUGAGUUUGAGGAGGGAGUCAUCAGGCAAGUGAAAGAUCACGAGAUCCAUCGUCAGUGGGUGGCACUGGUGGACGACGAGAACCCCAAAGAUUCAGGCACCCAGGGUUACCUGCAGCUGUCCAUCGCCAUCGUCGGGCCAGGCGAUAAGCUUAAGGCAAGGAAAGAAGGGGGCGUGCACGACGAGCAAGAGGACCGGCGCAAGGAGAGAGAGGCGGAGGCCAAGUCCGGCGGCAUCGACGGUCUGGUGUUGAUACCUCCCGCUGUGUCCGUGCGAACGCAGUGGCUGGUCACGACCGUAUGGCGGGCGGAGUACCUGCCCGUCAUGGACACGGGUCCCAUUUUCACCCACGGGGGGGACUUCUACACCAUGCCUUGCUCAGCGGGGUCCCCUGCUCGCGAACGGACGUUGGGGGGGGGGGGCUGCUUCGACAUCGCUUGUGCCUCGCCUAUGCCGAUUGACCUGACGCCCCCGACUUCCCCCCCCCCCCCCNUGUCCGGGGGUGCACCGGCGCAAACAAAGACCAAGAGCAUGUACGGAACGCGUUCCUCCAUGGCGCCAAAUUGGAGAACCCAGCUGUGGGUGCCGGUGUCUAUCCCGAGCAUGUCGGGGUCGGUUAAGACGGUCGUCAAGGACCGGGACUCGAUGACGGAGGACGAGACGGUGGCGUCUGUGAACUGCAAGCUCAAGGAGAUCGAGGGCCUGCCGGACAGGCGGCACGGGCCGCGGUGGUUCCCGCUCUACGGAGCUCCCCUCGUCAUCCCGACCAGCACCGACAUCGCCGACAUCGCCAAGAGGAUGACCGCCAGCGAGGCGACUACGAACUGGCGAACCUUGUACGACAACCUGCCGCAGAAGGGGUCUACUUACCGGGGGCGUUUGCUUCUUUCAAGGGAGAUAAGAGAAAGCCUUCCGAAAGGGAGGGAAGAGAGCACGCCGUGGCGGCGCAAGGUGGGCCGAUUGCCCAAGAGGAAGGAGCCUUCCACCAGCAGGGUCGCGAUGCGGUGCUACGUUGCCACGGGGGCGGACAUCCCCUGCCAGGCCUCGGUCAUCCGCAUGGGCCUCAACUUCAGGAUGUCCGUCAGGAUCAGCAUCGGCUCGGAGGUUCUAGAAACCAGGGCGGUCGAGAACGCCAGCGGGGUUUGCGAGUGGGGGGAGUUGCUGGAGAGCAAGGAGCCCGUCGUGCUACCGUCCGACCCCGACCAGAUGCCCGACGCCAUUGUGCACCUUCAACGGGGAGAAGACAAGGUUCCCAUCUGCUUCUCCCGGAUCCCGGCAAAGGAGUUGCUUGAGAAGGGGAUGGAAGGUAUAUCUCCCCGGUGGCUGCUCCUCGGAGAGGAUAAGGUGCUGGAUGGCCUCCCCCACGGACAAUACCCCGGGUCCGUGCUGAUCAAGCUUGGCCUCGGCACCCUCCGACAGUUUUCAGAGUCGGCGGCCGAGUGGCAGGCGGAGGCCUUGAAGCUCCGGGAUCGAACGUCCUACCUUCUUCGCGUGCACAUCUACCAGGGACGAGAUUUGCCGGCGGCCGACAACAACGGGCUGAUGGACCCCUUCCUGAAGAUGCAGUGCCAGGGGGAGAAGCUGAACACGGAGGAGUUCAUGUACCUGGGGAAGGCGGUACACCGCAGGAGGGAGACGGUCGACCCCAUGUGGUACUUCACGUGGGAGGCGGACCUCAACCUGCCCUCCGUCGAGCUGCAGAGAUACUUCCCCCAGGUGAGCAUCCAGCUGAUGGACUGGGACCCGCUCGACACGAACGACUACGCGGGCUGCAUGUUCCUCGACCUCGGCGGCUGCCCCAUUGAGAUGGACGAGGCAAACAUCCCCUACCCCCCUCUCCCGACGUGGAUGCCCUUCUUCUUGGAGAAACCCGGCGAUUCUUCGGGAGAGCUGCUGGUAUCCUACCAGCUGAUCAAGACCACUCGGCCGGGCCUGCGGCUUGCACCCCCGCCCGACCUCACCCCCAAGCUGAAGCCGGCCUACUUGGAGAUACUGGCGCUGGGCAUCCGCGGAAUGCAGCCGUUCGAGAUGCUUCCGAUGCAGAUGCCCUACAUGCAUAUGGAGGCAAGUGUUGAUCUACCGCAUGGGAAGAAGGUCUCCCUGACCACGAACCCUUCCAAGAAGCCGACGGGGGCGGACGCCAACUUCUUGGAACGGCUGAAGGUGCCGCUCGACCUGCCCGUCAAUGACAUCUUUGCCCCUAGGCUCAAGCUGUGCGUGCGCGACGUGCGACUCGGCGGGUUUUUGACCCCCACCGUCGCGGUGGGGGCCGUCAGCCUGGCCCACAAGCUCCCGUGGUCCACCAAGUACGAGGCCCACAGCUCCAGGCGAGUCGGUGCGAUUGACCUCAUGCACGCCACGGGGGCCCCGGUGUUCGAGGGCAUGUUCGACCAGAGGCAGGGGGCGGAGGCGCAAGCCACCACCCGCGCAGCGACCGGCGGCGGCGCUGCCGAGGGUACCGGAGCGGUGUCCCCGUCCGGGGUACCCCCGUCGCGCGCUGCCGCGGACCCCCCGUCCGGCGGCGGCGGCGGCGGCGGCGGCGGCGGCGGCGGCGGCGCAACGAACGGCUUCGUUCCCAACGGCGGCAGCGGUAGUGGCGGUGGGCGUCGCAUGGAAGGCGCCGGAGGAGCUCUCGGAGCCUCGUGGGGGGAGGACAGCAGCGGCCCCGUUAACGACAUGGUGAACCCGAUGGUCGGGGCUGGGAAGGGCAACGGUAGGGGCAGGAAGACGGCGGCGGUCGGCGGCGGCGGCGGCGGCGGCGACGGCGGGGUUGAGGUUGAGGUUGAGGUGCCGGCCCCCGAGGCCGGCAUAGUAGAGGUGAUGGGGCAGGAGGACGAGGGCGCGGGGGUGUUUGGAGCCAUUCUGCACGAGCCAGCUAGGAGGGCUAGGGGGGCCAAGGGCGCUGACGAGGACGAAGACGAUGGGCCUCUCACCAAGAAGCGCAAGGUGCUAGACGUCCGGCCUACCGAGCACGGAAGUGCGCUUACCCUAGGGCCUCCCAAGUACAUGGUCGGGAGGAGAACCACGGAGGCUGAGCUCGAGAGGGAGUUGGCGACGAAGCCCUUCGAGACCUACGAGCUUUUCCGGGGCCAGAGGUUCGGCAGGGGCGGAGAUACGGGGGACUACCGCGAGGUCGGGAGGUUCAAGUGCGUGAUCCGCGUGACGGAGGGAGAUCCGGACGAGCAGCCAAUGUUUACCCCGGGGGACAAGAAGCGUAACGAGGAGAUCCUGAACGAGCUGUUGCUGCCGAAGGGGUAUAAGCUUCGGCUGUACUGCCUGCAAGCCCUAAACCUGACCCCCAUGGACAUCGGCAUUGGGGGCAGGCCUGGCAAGUCCGACCCUUACCUCAAGGUCAAGCUGGGCAAGGAGGAGUUUAGCGACGUGGACAACUACAUCGAUGACGUCACGGACGCCGACCUGUAUACGUGUGUAGAGCUCAACUGCGAACUCCCCGGGGCCAGCCAGCUGCAGCGCGGCUUGACAAUUAAGGUGCCUUUGGUGUGUUUGCCCUGGCUGUUCGUUCGUGUUGUCCAGAUCGACGUCAUGGAUUACGACGACAUCGGUGGCGAUGAGCUCAUCGGGAGGACCGUGAUCGACUUGGAGGACCGGUGGUUCGAUCAGCGGUGGCAGGAAAUGGGUAUGGAGCAUCGAGUGGAGGACUUGAACAACCCGGACAAGAUGCGGUGGCAGGUCAAGCCGCUCGAGAACCGCAGCCUCUACGUGCCCACAAGCAAUGCGCCCCAGGGCAUGCUGCAGUGCUGGGUGGACAUAAUGCCACCGGGAGAUGCCAAGGGCUUCCCUCCAGCCGAUGUCGCCCUACCACCGGACGUGGAGUUCGAGGUGCGGCUGGGGAUCUGGAAGUGCAAGGACGUGGUGGCGAUGGACUUUGCCAGCGGUCUGAACGACCUCUUCGUCAAGUCCUGGCUGGAGGGAUGCGACCCACUGGAAACGGACACGCACUGGAGAGCCAAGGGAGGGAAGGGCUCCUUCAACUGGCGCAUGAAGUUCCGUGUGAUGCUUGGCCCAAGGGCCCGAAGCUCCAAGUUCCCGUACCUCACCUUGCAGGCAAGCCCACGUUUUCACUUCUUCUUUGAAGUUCUGCUCAACUCUGUUUUCGCACAUAUACUUGCGGGCGUGGGAGCGAUAGAGAUGUGGGACAAGGACUUGCUGUGGAACGACUGCAUCGCCGAAGGGAUACUGGACCUCGGCAAGCACUUCCGACGCGCCUACAAGAAGAAGAACGAGGUGCUGAAGCUGUUCGAGAGCGAGCAGACGGAGAGGGCCAAAGAAGCCAUCGUCAAGACCCAGCAGGCGCUCAAGUCGGAGCAGGCGACAGCCCUUAAGUAUGAGCUCCAAACCGGAAUCCCCAACCCACUGCUGGGCGAUAUCGAGGACGACCUACCCGUCUCUCCCAUAUCCGCGGACGCUGAGAUUGGAUCCGGCCGGCCUGGCAACAGGGCGGCCGCAAACGCCGUGGAGGAUAGGCGUGGCGACGGCGGCUGGUGCUGUUUCGGUGGGAAGAAGCCCAUGACUCAGCUGGAGCUUCGGGCGGAGAACGACCGUCGACGGACUCUGGGAAUGCCGCUCCUAGACGAAGAGGAAGGGCUGACGGCGAAGGAGGCCAGGAAGAGAAGAAAGGAGGAGGGCGACGAGGAAGUGAAGGAGCUGAUCCAGAAGCUCAAGGUCAUGGCGGGGAUAAGCAACGACGACCCGCCGGAUUCCCAGUGGAUAAGCCUGGAGAAGACCGACCGGAAAACCGGCAAGAAGGUGACUCCGAUGGGGAAAUGCCUCAUCGGCAUCCAGAUUUACCCGCUGGACAAGGCCGAGGCGCAGCCGGCAGGGUUGGGCAGGGCCGAGCCCAACGACUCUCCGUUCUUGCCCCCUCCCAAUGGACGCCUCCAGUUCGGGUGGAACCCCAUCUCCAUGAUCUCACAGCUGCUGGGGCCCCGGCUCAACAGAGAGUUUGCGCCGUUUCCUCAUGUGUUUUUAUUUCGUCGGCUCCUUGGUCUAUUGAUAUUGACGGUCAGCGUUGCUAGCUAUUUUGCCGUCUAUGCCGCGGACCUGGGGGACCAUGGGUUGGUCUCGGUCGUGAAGCUGUCGGGGAAGGGGCGGAGGACUUUCAUGAUGGCUGGUUGACUGGUUGUCUUUGCCCAUCCGUGUGAAGUAUGAUAGUUCAUCGAUUUAUGUUGAUCGUGGGCGUGGGUGUUGCCGACGCUCAAGACUAUGAAUUUUAACGAAUUUCACGUGUUGCUUCUGCUGCUUGGAUUUUUGCUGGCGUAGCGCAUGGUACAUACUGCUGCAACAACCAGAAACGAACGAAUCUAUACAUGGGAAGUAUACCUUCUUUUUUCAGGCGCGACGCCUAGGCGCGACGCCUGCUACGUAAGAAGGGGAGCACUGCCACUUUUUCCGAUGGCGGAUCAAAGCCCCGCCUUGGUUUUCUGUCAGCCGCAGGCGUUUUUUCGCAUGCUGAUCAAGGCGGCGUCGCUUGUGUCCGAAGCCGAACGGCUCGUGUGCUUGUUCUAUGGUCGUGUGUAUGUGGUCUUUGGUCGUCUUUACCGGCAAGGAGGGGCGGCGUAACUUUGGGCGAGGCUGUUUUUAGCUUGGUGCUGCUAGUGUUGGUGGUGCUAGUCGAGUCACCACCAGCGGUGUAGAGUAGCUAUAUGCAACGCUUUGGUUUGAGGCGGAUCGAACGCUUCGUUUUUGGGGCGUUUCUACCCCCCGCACAAGUAAAAAUAUCGCAUCUACUUGGUGUCGAAGGCACCCAGUCUGGUGCGUUUUUUUCCUGAAGGCACCGGGUGAAUGUGCUAGAUGCCCUCUUUCCUGCAUCACCUGUAGAUCCUUCGGCGGCCGUCCCCUUCGUCGCUUGACGCGGUUCUCUACUCUAGUGCCCAGAAGAAGAACGAGGACCGCAUGGGAGCCUACUCUGGUUGGUAUAAGUUCCAACGCUAAGCUCGUCGGCGUUAUAAACCAAAAUCUCGCUUCCUGCCGGAGUCUUUUUGUGGGUGCAAUGUACGCGGGCGGUUCAUCUGAACACGUUUACCUUUUCGGCGCAGCAGUACACAGUGGUGUUCCCCGUACUUGCGUAUUUUGUUCGGUCAUUUGACCGAAGACCAAGGCUGAGCCGGGCGGGAUGUAGCGCAACAGGGCGGGAGGUGGAGGGGGCGGGGGGGGGUCCAUGAGAGAAAGCAUGCCGUAGUAGUCGUUGGCCUACCGUGGGCCUCCCGUUGGGCACGGUGUGCGUUUGUUGUUUGUGUUUAGUGUGUGACGUGUGUGUCUUUCGUUCAUUCUCGGUCGGCCCCACUGAAACUGCCGUUGCUUUAUCUUACCAUACUAUACCUGGUCAGUCGUGUUCUGGGAUCGGCUUAUAAUUGUGCACGUCUGGUUUUAGGAAAACUUUUGUUCCGAAAAGCGAAGAGAGAAGGAAACGAAAGGGGGGAAAGCCAAGAGCUUUGGGGCUGCUGCGCGUCAUUGUUAGAAGUUGACGUUCGGAAGACUUUUUUUUCUCUUUUUUUUUUUCGUUUGGCCGUCUGCCCGGUUUAAUGGGCAAUGUAUUAUACUUGUAGUAAAUUUGCGCAAUAUACAGACAUGAUACAGGCGAAUGUGUUUGAAGCAGAACUAACUAGGUCUAGACUAUAUACCGGGGCACGGAAGAGGGGGCGGACUUGUAACAUAUAGUCAAUUGAGGGUGGAAUCUCGGGGCUGGGGGAGGGGUCGACGGCCGCGACAUCUUUGUCUUUUUUUUGCAAAAAGUUGAGAGAGGUGCGGCGGUUUCAAGAGGAGUUUGUUUGGUGUGAUGAAGAGGCGAGAGCCUCUUUGUUCAGCCACACUACUGUUUGUGUUGCGCAGGCUAAUUAUGAUUAAAAGACGAUUAUUUUGGGAGGUUGGUUUGCAUUGUAGCUCAUGCAGCAGACUGGGCAGGGGGCUCACAGCAACGGGGGCGCGAGUCACGACUCGAGCGAGAGAUUGCCAAAUUCCGUGUGUGACAGGCCAUGUACCCUAUGUCAUCCCGUGAGCUACACGCAGUGAGUAUACUGCUGUGGUCAGUCUAGUUUUUGUCGCAGGGGAAGCGGCAGUGAGUCAAGUGCUCAGGCAACUUGUGCUUUUCUUUUUUUUUAAUACGACCCAACGAAUCCAUCUCUAACGAGGAAAAGAGUCUACGAUAGAUCAGCGAUGAAUUCAUAGCAUCAGAGCUAUCUGUAUUUCCACGGUUUCCCGAGCAGCACAUGUUUUGGUUUGUCUCUGAGAAUGGAGUGAACGCUACAAAAAACUUAAAAGUACAGCAUCCAGAAGUAGCAAGGGCAAAACUUUCUCAGUACGCCUGCAUGUGCCAUCCAGUCGCCCGGACAUUCAACGCGAUGCAGAGUGCUUCAUUUGAGCCACCGCUUUCGAGAGCAGUGCAUGUUCGGCUGGACCCAUGGUCUGCAGUCGCCCCGGUGGUCUAGUUGGUAACCUCGAAACCUUCUAGAGGUCAGGUUAGGGGUGCGAAUCCCGGCGUAAGCGAGCUUUUCUUGCAAAGUGAGUUUUUCUCUCGCUUCCGCUCCUGGCCUAGUGGAUAGCCGUUAGUUCGUGUGUACACAGAGGGAA